UGCUGGGGGAUACCAUGUAGAAGUGUACUUAUAAACAGUAUGCUAGCUUUCAGGAUAGAGGAGGCUAUUUUAGUUGGCCACUCACAGAAGGCAAUAGGAGCCAUUCAAUUUGACUCAAGUUUUCCUCUUGCUAUUUAAGGAGAGCUACUGCUCAACUUCACAGGUUUUCUGGAGAGAUAAGAAAGACAAAAACCAAUCAUGUCUGAAGGACAGAAAAAGUCAAAGAUCACUGCAUCUCGCAGACUGGCUCUCAAGACCAAGCUGCUGAAAACUGCAGCUGUGAUGUUGGAGAAGGCGAAGGAGGAAAAGAAGCUGGAGAGAGAAGCCACUUUGGGUGAGAGAGUCCCUCUACUUCAACUGUCUGGUUUGUCCAUGCAGGACCUUCAGGCUCUCUGCAAAGAUCUGCAUCAUAAGAUCGAUGUCGUAGAUGAAGAGCGCUACGACAUUGAUGCCAAAGUGACUAAAAAUUACAAGGAGAUUGAUAAUCUGUCUCAGAAGAUCUUUGAGCUGAAGGGUAAAAUGAAGCGACCUGCUCUCAAGAGGGUGAAGAUCUCAGCUGACGCCAUGCUGGGAGCUUUGCUGGGCUCUAAGGUCAAAGAGUCUGUGGACUUCAAGGCCAACCUGAAGACUGUGAAGAAAGAGGAGGAGAAGAAAGAGGAGGUGACUGACUGGCGUAAAAACGUGGAGGCCAUGUCUGGUAUGGAGGGCAGGAAGAAGCUGUUUAAUGCUGGGCAGUAGAGUUUAUAUUGAUGGAUAUUUUGACACAAAUGCUGUUUUACAAGAAUAGAGAGGGAAAUAAAGUUACUCUCACUGCUUACAAUAGUUGACAGUGUAUGCAUAAGUAUGUAUAAGUAUAUAUAGUACUUGUAAUGACCAUUUGCAAUAUGCAAAAAUAUUUAAAUUCAAAGGAAUUGUGUAUAUUUUGCACAUAAAUCAGUUGCAUUCUGUUGUCGUUUUGUGGUGUUGGCACUUUUUAAAUUGUCUACACUUACAUUACAGAUAAGGAUAAAUUGAGAUUUGCUGUGUGUCUGCCUGGUUUAUGUCCUCAUAAUAAAUACUUCUGAUCAACACAAAAAA